CCGGUUUCCCGUGAGCCAAACAAGAAAAGAUUGGUUCUGUUUUUUGGUCUCUCGACUCUGUUCACGUUAAUAAAUAGCAGUAGUAGUAAAGCCAAAAGGGCAAUCACAAUUCAGACAAGCAAUUUUCUGUCUCUUUGUUUUUCCUGCUUUCUCACUUGUGUUAUUUUUUCUAGUUGUGUCCGUUCCAAGUCUUAGACAAAACUUUUCCAAUUUAGGUAAGUAAAAUUAAAAAGAGAGAGAUGACUGGAGUUUCAAAGGAGGAAGAGAUGAGUGUAACGCUUGAUCUUCUUAAGAAGAAAAUGGAUGAUUUUGCUAACGAAAGAGAUUGGGAGAAGUUUCAUAGCCCCAGAAAUCUUCUUUUGGCUCUGGUGGGAGAAGUUGGAGAACUGUCAGAAAUAUUUCAGUGGAAAGGAGAAGUUUCAAAGGGGUUGCCUGAUUGGAAAGAAAAUGAGAAGUUACAUCUUGGUGAAGAACUUUCUGACGUUUUGCUAUACCUCGUCAGGCUUUCUGAUAUCUGUGGGAUUGAUCUUGGCAAAGCUGCUCUUCGUAAAGUGCAACUCAAUGCCAUUAAGUACCCUGUUAAGAAAUGCAAUGAAGAAGAAGUUGAUAAAUAAAUAGUCGGCUUGAAAAAAUAGUCGAGGUGCAUACAAACACAGGUCCAGUGGACCGUCUUCAUGAAAAAAAAAAAAAUCUAGCAGAAUGACAACAGUACUUUUGGUAGUCCAAUUAUUGGCCGAUUUUAAUUUUAGUUCAUGUGAUAUUUGAUUAAGCACAGUUAUCUUCAAUUACUUGAAAUGUGCACUUUUUGAUCCAUUAGCUUAUGAAUAUUCACAAA